AUGGAAAAGCAAAAACAACAAGAACAUGCUGCUGCUCUACUCAGAGAAGAAAAAGCCAAAGAACUCUACGAAAAAAUUAAUAAUUUAAGCCUUUCUUUCACUCUAAAAAAAGACAAGAAUGACAAAGUAUUUGGUUCUAUCCGGACUGAAGAUAUUUUAAAAGAAAUGAAAAAUCUAGGUUUUCAAUUAGAAAAAAAACAACUUUUAGACUUCGUUCCUCUUAAUAAUUUAGUAAACGGUGAAGAAAUUGAAUUAAAAGGUAGAUUAAAAACUAAUAUUCUUUCAAGAACAAAUAAUUUUGCUUAUGAAGAUCAAGGAAAAAUUGAAGAACUAAAACAAGACCAAACAAUUAUUGUUCGAGGAUUUUAUAAAAAAACAGGAAACUUUGCUAACCCUCUUUUUCAUGUGAAAAGAAAAGUGGUUCCUACCGAUAAAGAAUUAAAUUUAUUAGAAGAGGGGUGCCAAGAAGUUUUCAAAGUUUUUGACUUUAUAGAAGAAAACAUCCCAUCUAGUAAAGGAAAGUAUGAUAACUACAAAAAAGCCACUGAAAAAAUAAAAAUCCUAGUCCAACAAGAAAAAUCCCAUCGCCGACAACGGCCAAAUCAACCUAGUUCCUCUACUUCUUCUUCCAGCACCACAAGCAAUAACUCCCAACUCAAUCAAUUACAAAAAGAAUUACAAAGUAAACAAAUGGGAAAUAAAUCAAGCACUAAUUUACAACAACCUAAUAAUGGAUUUAAUUGGUUAUAUGUAGUUAUUCCUGGAGCGGUUUUAUUGGUGGUAAUGGGAAUUAUUAUUGCUUAUUUGGUAGGAAAGAAAAUAGUCUUUGAAAUCGACCAAUUAGCCACUAAAAGUGAAAAAUCUAUUCUUUGCCGCUAUGGAGACACUGUAGUUUUGACAGUCUUGUGCCUUAAACAGUCUGCUAAGGCGAGCAAAUUAAAUUUCGUUCCUUUAACUAUUUUCUUUGAGGAAAAGUUUUAUUCAGUAGGAAAAAUUCCCGCUGUUUUUAACAAAAGGGAAGGCAAACCAGAUUACAAUUCAGUUACUAUUGCUCGGUUAAUCGAUCGUUCGAUAAGAAGUUUUUUUCCGUUAGGUGCAACGGUAGUGAUAAGCAAAAACCAAGGAGAAUUUAUUUGUAAUCCGAGCAUUACACAAUUAGAUGAAUCUUCUUUUGAAUUAAUAAUUACAGCCAGCAAAGAAAAUAUUGUAAUGGUCGAAUUAGAAGCUGAAGAAAUUGCUGAAAGAGAACUAGAAAAAGCAGUGAUUUUUGCCCAAGAACAAACUCAGCAAUUAUUACACUUUUUUCAACAAAUUGCGCAGCGAAUUGAUGGACGCAAACAAUCAGACAUCAGACCCUUAAAUAUCAAAAUUAAUUGUCUUCCUAAUGUUCAUGGAAGUGCCUUGUUUCAACGAGGAGAAACUCAAGUUCUUUCAGUAGUAACUUUAGGGAAAUCUAGCGAUCGGCAAUUAAUUGAUAAUAUUUUUGUUCAUACUCAUAAGCAUUUUAUUCAUCAUUAUAAUUUUCCGGCUUUUGCGGUGAAUGAAAUUGCUGGCUUCAAAUCUCUUUCCCGGCGAGAAAUUGGUCAUGGGCAAUUGGUCGAAAAAACUUUUCCUCCUUUGUUGCCAUCAGUGGAGGAUUUUCCCUAUACUAUUCGAGUGGUUUCAGAAGUGUUAAGUUCUGAUGGUUCUUCUUCCCAGGCUUCAAUUUGUGCUACUUCUUUAGCAUUAUUGUCAGCAGGAAUUCCUUUGAAAAAUCCAAUUGCCGGGAUUGCUUUGGGAUUACUAGAGGGAGAAAUUUUAGUUGAUAUCAACGGUUUGGAGGACAAAUUUGGAGAAAUGGAUUACAAAGUUGCCGGUACAGAAAAGGGCGUCUGCUCCCUACAAUUAGAUGUGAAAAACCAAGGCAUUUCUUUCUCAAUUUUUCAAAAAACUUUGCAAGCAGGAAAAAAGGCUAGAAUUUAUUUGCUUCAAGAAAUGAAUAAAUAUUUACCAAAAACUCGUCCGCAGUUAACUUCCCAAGUAGCCAAAUUUAGAAAAUUUUUUAUUGGUGUCGAGCGUUUUGGUUUAAUCGUCGGUAGCCAAGGAAAAACAAUUAAUCGUUUGAUUCAAGAAACUGGAGUAAAUAUUGACUUGCAGCCGGAUGGUUUUGCUCUGCUUUAUCACCAUGACGAACAACAAUUAACUAAGGCUAUUAGUUUCAUCGAAAGCCAAUUAAAAAAAAGAUAG